CAGAUAAUGUAACAAAUCCUUAUAUAUAGAAUGGCAAAGUAAGUUGUAUAUUAUCAUAAUAAUAAUAACAGCAUACUAGCCAAGCAGUGUGAAAGAUGGCUUUAGCAGAAUCACAAGAACACAACACACUUCACUUUCUUGUUAUACCCUUAGGAUCUCCAGGCCACUAUAUUCCCACCAUUGAUAUAGCUAAGUUACUAGCUCAACAUGGUGUUAAAGUCACCAUUGUUACAACCCCGUUUAACAACCUCAGAUUCGGGUCAAUCCUUGAUCAAGCAAUCGAAUCUGGUCUUCCCAUCAGUUUUCUUGAAUUUCCAUUUCCAUAUAUAGAGUUUGGCUUACCAGAAGGCUGUGAAAGCGUAGAUAAUCUUCCCGAUAUAAGCCUGGCCAAAAAACUAAUGGAAGCAUAUACUUCACUACAAAACCAAGUUGAGCAGUAUGUCGAAAACCUUAAUCCUAGGCCAAAUUGCAUCCUAUCUGACGCAUAUCUCCUAUGGGCUGGUGAUACAGCCAAAAAGUUUCAAAUACCAAGAAUUACAUUUGAUGGAAUGAAUUGCUUCACACAAUUGUGCAACCACAUUUUAAGCCUCACAAAGGUGUAUGAAAAUGUGGGCGAGCUGGACUCAUUUGUUUUGCCCGGUUUGCCUGAUCGUAUUGAACUAAGACGAUCCCAACUGCCUUUUGCUUUCAACUCUGGCACCCAAGAUGUCAAAGAUUUUCAUGAAAAGCUCAAGGUAUCUGAAGCUGAAGCGUACGGAGUAGUUAUAAACAGUUUUCAAGAAUUGGAACAAGGAUAUGCUGAUGAAUAUCAAAAAGUCAAAGGAGAUAAAGUUUGGUGCAUAGGCCCAUUAUCUCUAUGCCACAAGGAUGUAUCAGAGAUGGUCCAGAGAGGUAACAAGUCCUCAAUUGACAAAAAUGAUUGCCUCGAUUGGCUAGAUUCUCAAGAGAAGGGCUCGGUGAUUUAUGCAUGCCUAGGAAGCAUUAGUCGGAUUGAGCCUGCACAGCUAGUUGAGCUGGCUUUAGCUCUAGAGUCAUCUAGAAAACCGUUCAUUUGGGUCGUUCGUGCAGGCCCGAAGACAGAAAAGAUAGAAAAAUGGAUAGCUGAUGAAGGGUUUGAAGAGAGAACCAAAGAUAGGGCUCUAUUGAUCCGCGGGUGGGCACCCCAACUUCUAGUCUUAUCACACCCUGCAAUUGGAGGGUUUUUAACUCAUUGUGGUUGGAAUUCGACACUGGAAGGGGUUUGUGCUGGGGUCCCGAUGGUAACGUGGCCUCAAUUUCAGGAGCAGUUCUACAAUGAGAAGUUGGUUGUGCAAGUAUUGAAAAUUGGAGUUAGUGUUGGUGCUCAGAAUGUGGUGCAUUGGGGCGAAGAAGAGAAGUCGGAAGUGAUAGUAAAGAGUGAGGAGUUUAAGAAGGCUAUAGAGGUUCUAAUGAAAGAAGGGGAAGAAAGAGAAGAGAGAAGAAAGAGAGCUAAAGAAUAUAGUAAGAUGGCAUAUAAAGCAAUUGAAGAGGGAGGAUCUUCCUACAACAAUAUGAAACGACUCAUCCAAGAUAUCAAGAACUACACCAGUAUUAGCUAGUACCCAAGUUAGGCUUAAAUUCAGCCCAUUCUAUAUAUGUGCAUUUCCCUUUCGUAUUUUUGUAGUUUUCAUGAAUUAGAGUAACCGUAAUAAGGCAUCAAGAGGUAGUGUGGAUAUGAACCGCUAUAGGGCCAGUGUGGUUUCUUAAAAAACCUUCUUUUGGCAUGAUUCAUGCGACCAUUGAAAGGCAUGCAUGGUAAAUUGGUAAAGGAGUGAGUUUUUUUUAA